ACUUUUUCAAGACCACGUUGCAGUAGUACCGAACCCCACCGAGCACGGACUACCUGCCCAAACUCGCCGGAUUCCUACCGGAAUCGGCCAACCCACCACGCCGAACCACUCCCACCAAGCACAACCCGAAACCCUAGCCCCGUCCAUGGGCGACGACGCGGCCCCCGCCGCGUCCCCCUCGCCGUCGCCUUCCUCGUCCUCCUCCGGCGCCUCCCCCUCGCCCUCCUCCCGGCGCUACAGACGCCGCCGCGUGGACAGCUACGCGCUCGGCUUCGAGUUCGCCCCGCGCCUCGCGCCCUAUGAGCUCCCUCCCCCGCGCCCCCCCGAGUGGACGGAGGGCUCCACCUUCGCGCUCCUCGACGCCUGGGGCGACCGCUUCGUCCGCGCCGGCCGCCGCGGCAUCCGCGCCGACGAGUGGCUCGAGGUCGCCCGCCUCGCCACCGCCGCAGCGAACCGCCCUGCGGGGUACUACUCCGAGUCGCAGUGCCGCAACCGCAUCGACACGCUCAGGAAGAAGUUCAGGAAGGAGAAGGAGAGGGCGCGCCUCGCGGCCCGCCGCUCCCGCCCCUCCCCACCCAAAUGGGUCUACUUCGAUAAGAUGAUAUCUCUCCUGUGCCCGCCACCGCCUCCGUUGCAGCCUCCCGUCGUGACGCGCCGCCGCGAUACGCAUCCAUCGCCGCGCCUUUCGUGGGGGGUGGAUGCCCCGGAGCGUAUGCUGGGCGGCGGUUGGGACGUACGGCCUGUGGACUCAGGUUCGGAUGCCGAAUUGGGGGAAGAGCAGAAAAUUGAGGUUGCUGCAAGGAAUUCGAAUGGGUUUGGGGUGCUCGCUGAGUCGAUUCAGAAGUUCGUGGAGGUUUAUGAGAGGAUGGAUAGUAGAAAGAGGCAGCAAAUGGCGGAGUUGGAGCAAAUGAGGAGGGAUUUCCAUAGGGACCUUGAUGCAAAGUGGAGGGAGAUUUUGGCGAAGGCACAAGCAGAGAUUGGAUGUCUUGAGGAUGAAGAUUGUGAUGAGGGUGAUGCCGAGGAGGAUGGGGAUGGUGGCAGUGGUAGUAAGAGGUUAGAGGAUGAUGGUGGUGAAGAGCAGAACAAUGGUGAUACGGAUGCUUCUCCUUCACAUAUGGCCUAGAAGUUCGCCCAAUGAGGAACAAAAUUGGGGAUUUCAUGUCAAUAGAUGGAUCCACUUGGUAGGCGGGUGAUUAACUCUGUAAUCGCUGGUAACAGUAUUGUCAGUACCCAAAUCAAAGAGAUUAUGUAGCUAAUGAAUUAACAGGAAUGAUUUGAGCUUGAUUCAGUCUGCCAACACCCAGCGCAGAUUGCUGUAUAAUUCUCAUUUCUUUUUUUCUCUCAGCAAUGCUAAGCAAGAUAGUACUGCUCUUUUGGUUGUUGUA